AUUUUUCUGCCUUUGCUGCGCUUCAGCUCGGGAAGGAGUUCGCCAUUUUGUGUACGCCACUGUCUCCGAGGAAGGCGGAAGCGGGAGUUGAAGGACGAACGGAGCCGUUUAGAUUGCGCGUUGAGAGCUGGGACUUAUACCAUUGAAGCCCGUGUGUCGAGAAUCCGAUGUUGGGCUCAGCUUCGUGGCUGAAAACAGCAGAUCGGCCCAUGAGAACUACCAUUCCUAAGCAAAGGAAGGGGUCCAACAGGAGUCAGCAUCUAUUCUUUCAGGUCUGGCAGCAAGAAAGAGGGCAGGAGGUGGAGACUGUGGACUCUGAAAAGAAAACUGAAAGGUGACACUUAAGUUGAAAAUGGGGGGUGGAGAAAGGUUUAACAUUCCAUCUACCCAGCCCAGAAACGCUAACAAGAACCAACAGCAGCUAAACAGGAAAAAGAACAAAGAUCAGAAUUCCCAGAUGAAGAAAAUCCACAAGAAAGAAAGGGGACAUGGAUGUAGUCCACCAUCUGCAGCGUGGCAGGCCAUGCAGACUGGAGGAAAGACCACAGUGCAUUUCCCGACUAGCCAGAAUUGGAAUCCAUCUUUAUCCACGGCACUCUUCAUGCCUCAAACCAAUCAAAAUUAUGCUGGAGCAAAAUUCAGUGAGCCUCCUUCCCCAAGUGAUCUUCCUAAACCACCGAGUCAUUGGGUCACUGUUUCACUGAACCCUGCUGAUAAAGAUAUCAUGACUUUCCAGUUGAAGACCUUGCUUAAAGUUCAGGCUUGAAGUGGAAAACAUCACACAUUUUAUAGUUUCAAAGUCUGCAGUGUUGGGGUUUCAAAAUGCAAUCCCAAGCACAUUGUAAGGAAUUCAAAUUAACUGUGAGAAUUUUUUUACUGGGCGGUGUAAAGAAUACUUUAACAUGUCACUCUUCUGGGGCUCUGUGCUGUUAAAACUGAUAGGCAGUGCUUGCUUUUUUAGACCAUCUCACUUUCGUGUUCUCAUUAGGCACUAUUCCCUUUUCAGGGGAAGUAAAAAUUGACCAAAUUUCCAUUACAAAAUAAUUGCAAAAAUAAUUUGCCUGCAUUUGAUCAAAUAUUGUAGGUGUCGAAGAAAAGUAACUUUUUGACAGAACUCUAUUUUUUUUAAAAAUCACCUAAAAUUGUUUUUAAAAAGCAAGUAACAUAUUUUUCAGUUUCAACAAUUAUAUGGCUGAUCCGUCAUCUGAAAAGGUGAUUUGGGAAGGCAAAGUCCUAUGACCAAACGAAUUUGGGAACAAAAUUUUGUGCAGCACUUGUUUAGUAAGAACUGAAACAUGGUUCUGCGUUUGAUCUCUAGCUUUUUGUGCAAGCCUAGGGGAACACAACCAGCCUAUAAGUGUGCCAACUCAAAAGCAUUUUUGCAUUGCCAGAUGACUGCCAAGCGCUUUAAAGUGUUCUCCUUCACAGUGUAUUUCACUGAGCUAUAUUUGAAAUACAUUUUGUGUGUUUUUGUAUCUCUUACUGAAAUAGAACUGUUGAGGCCAGUUUGAGAUGAACUUGUUUGAGGUUCGCGAGUAUAAAAACAUCUUUUACAUAUGGAAAAAAGAGCCAUGUAAAUAACUGUAAAACUUUGUAGCAUAUGUAAAUAUAUGCUGGGCUUUCCUGCCAGAAUAAAAGUAUUUUUAGUACAAAACUGAAUGUAAAAAAGACCAUGCUGAGCUCAUGGCAUGAUUUUUUUUAAAAAAAAAAAGUUUAAAAAAACUGAAAAGCACAUGUGUGUGCCUUUGCACUUGAGUAACAGUGAGGGUGUGAUCCAUGUUUGCCUUUCUGAGUUGAGAUUUAAAGUGAACAUGGUGCAAAGAGAAGCUCUGAAGUCAGAAGAUGAAACAAACUUAAAAGCUGAGUGUGCAGUUGUUUUCAUUAAUUGUAUUAGCAUAUUUUAAUGAAGCUGUAUUGCAUCCUUAGGCUAUGAUCCUAGGAACAUUUGAAGUAAUUCCUGUUAAUUUAACAGGACAAGUGAAGUGUGCUUAGGAUGCAAUCCUACUUCAGUUAAGCAUUCUGCAGCCCUCUGAUUUCAAUGGGACUGAAGCAUACAACUGCUGGAUUGCAACCAGUGUUGCAUCAUUUUGAAUGUAUUAAGUGACUAGCCAAUACAAGCCAUCACUACAAUAUUGGAUGUUCUAAAUGUAAUUCUCAUGUAACACGUAGACCUGCCACUACCCCAUCUGUGACAUUGAAUCCUAUUUGAGAUUCCUGCUUUAGAGAGUAAGAGACAUCAUUUAGCCUGGAACUACAUCUUUACAUGGCACUUCAAAUUUUUGGCAAAUUAGAAGACCACCAGUUCAAAGAGCUGCUUCACAUCAGAGCUUUAGAAAAUGUCUUCUACUGGUAUUAUUUCUGAAAUUUGCUGUCAACCAACACAUAUAAUGUUUGGGUUUUUAAUGAAAUCUCAGUUUUUGUAUGGAUCACUGGAUUUGGUGAUACCUACCAAAAUCAGAAUGUCUUUCAUAGUAAACAUCUAGUUGCGAUACUAGAAAUAAUUGUUAGAAGUUGGACAAGGAAAACAUACUGAAGAACAUAGUGCCAGAGGUACUUGGCUAUCUACCAGUGAAUACAUUCAAAAUCUUGUAGCGACAAUAAAAACUUAUACCAUUUCCCCAAAUAAGAUUAAAAUUGGAUAUUGUGCAAAAAUGUAUUGUGUCUUGUGUCCCAGAUUGUCCCAUGGUACUUAAAUAAUUACUGUAGCCCAAUGUUAUUUUAAUGUGUUCUAAAUUCUGUAUCUGACUGCAUUACUUUAAUUGGAAACAAAAUUCAAUAAAAACCCUUU